AUGAGCCAGCAGCUAAACAGAAGCCAGAACUGCUCCUUCAGUGACGUGGACGAGGUGAUGAAGACGGUGCAGUUGGCUGUCCACAUCCCCACCUUCCUCCUGGGCCUCCUCCUCAACCUGCUGGCCAUCCGAGGCUUCAGCACCUUCCUUAGGAAGAGGAGGUGGCCGGAUUACGCCGCCACCGCCAUCUACAUGAUCAACCUGGCCAUCUUUGACCUGCUCCUGGUGCUGUCCCUUCCGUUCAAGAUGGCUCUGGCCAACGUGCGGGCCCCCCUUCCUUCCCUCUGUACCUUGGUGGAGUGCUUCUACUUCAUCAGCAUGUACGGGAGUGUCUUCACCAUCUGCUUCAUUAGUCUGGAUAGAUUCUUGGCCAUCCGGUUCCCGUUCCUGGUCAACCACCUCCGGUCGCCCAGGAAGAUCUUCGGGAUCUGUUGCACCAUCUGGGUCCUGGUGUGGGCUGGGAGCAUCCCUAUCUACAGCUUCCAUGGGAAGAUGGAAAAAUACACGUGCUUCCACAACAUGUCCGACGGCACCUGGAGCGCCCAGGUCUUCUUUCCCCUUGAGGUGUUUGGCUUCCUCCUUCCCAUGGCUGUCAUGGGUUUCUGUUCCUCCAGGAGCAUUCACAUUCUGGUAGGUCGCCGGGGCCUCACCCAGGACUGGGUCCAGCAGAAGGCCUGCAUCUGGACAAUUGCGGCCAGUCUGGCUGUCUUUGUGGUCUCCUUUCUUCCAGUCCACCUGGGUUUCUUCUUGCAGUUCCUGGUACGGAAUGGCUUCAUCGUGGAGUGCAGAGCUAAGCAGAACAUUAGCUUGUUUUUGCAAUUGUCCAUGUGUUUCUCCAACGUCAACUGCUGCCUAGAUGUCUUCUGCUACUACUUUGUCAUCAAAGAAUUCCGCAUGGACAUUAUGGCCCACCGGCCCUCCAGGGUCCAGCUGGUGCCCCAAGACACCAUGACUAGCAGGGCCUAA